UCUUAUAUAAGGAGCCGACACCGCGAGGCUUCCACGGCAGUCGCCGGGGAGAGAACAGACAGAUUUCAUCAUGUGUUCCAGGCGACUACGAGUCAGUGGCUUGCUCAGAGCAGUCGUCUUCCAUGUAUUGAUAACAAGGUAUGCUGUAGACGCCAUUAUAGAAGCACAAGACGAACUUUUUUCGAAGUUAACGAACGCCUCCAUAUACAACAAAAGGGUUAGGCCGGGAUACGCUAUUGGAAUCCCUGUGAUUGUCAACACAACCAUCUUCCUACAAAGUAUGGCCGCAACUAACGACCUACACACGGAAUAUACAGCGCAGCUGGUCGUACAGCAAACAUGGGUGGACCAACGUCUGUUCUACAAUGGCAGUACCCUUCCAGACUCUCGCAUUCAGGGAGACCAUUGGCACGCAGAACGCAUCUGGUUGCCCAGUGUGCAGCUGACAAAUACUAAAACGUACGACACAAACUCGUUGCUUCAGCCGGGAUCCACGUUAAUUCUGGUUUUUCCAGACGGAACCGUGAUCUUCAACAGGAGAAUGCAUUUGCAGCUUCAAUGUCAGAUGGAGUUCCACAAGUACCCGAUGGACAAACAGAAGUGCAGCCUCAAGAUGGAAAGCAGUACUUUGUCGACUCAGAACAUGCUCCUAUUAUGGAAGAGUGGGAAACCGCUAGUCUUCAGUGACAACUUUGAUGUCAAGGGUUUUCAAAUGCUAGGCUACAACUACAGUAGCUCCAUCACAGAAGACGACAUCACAGGAAACUUUUCCAGUAUACGGGCAGAUUUCGACCUUAAACGUGAUUUCGCACCGUUCCUUCUGGAGAUCUACAUUCCAAGCACCACGUUUGUCAUCACGUCCUGGUUCUCGUUGUGGAUCGAUAUCCCAGCAGCCCCUGCCAGGGUUACAUUGGCUAUGACAACGUUUCUCACUCUGGUUACCGGUGGCAAGUCAAUACGCGAAAAGCUACCCAAGGUUCCUUAUGUACAUGCCCUUGACGUUUGGUACUUAGCUUGUACAGGAUUCGUAUUCUUCAUUCUGCUUGAAUACGCCAUGGUGAACUACAUCUACCACAAGGAUAACCGGAGACGACAAGGUGGCAUACGUCGCAUCGAUUCGACGGCUUCUCUGGGCUCCCUGACGUCCAAGAGUAGUACGUCACUCUACAACAUAAUGGCGGCAUAUGAGCAACAGCAGAUCAACAACAACCAACUACCGAAACCACCAAGCAGCCCAUCAUACUUGCAGACCAAGUUCAAAAAGAACGGUCGUACAACCCCUGUCCUCAAGCUGUCAGACCUUGAAGCCGGUCUUUCCUCCGUUAAUGAAACGCCUUUGACGCCUCCACUUUCUCGCCGAGCAUCAUUAGACACGCAAGAAAACUUCGUCUGUACGGUGAUCACACCGCUGACGCCACGUGACAUCGCCAAUGGUAUCGACCGCCAUUGCCGGUACUUGUUUCCUCUGACAUUCUUGCUUUUCAAUGGGAUCUACUGGUCUGUAUUGAAGUCGUUCUGAAAGUCUACCCCGUGUUGGACAAAGCAACACAACGAGAGCGUCACACCUACGGUGAUACGGCGGGGCGACAUGAUGCCCGUACGAAGCGACGACGUGAUCACUGAUGAUCACUGAGAUCGCUGCGUGCAUGCCUCCACCUCCCAGAGUUCACAAGCUGAGCCAGUUCUACUUUAUGACAUCAAGCGAGAACCUCAACACCGGAAUGCAGUGCUGAUCCAUCUAGAGGUCACACUGUGCUGUGUGUACAACAUGCAUACGUAGUGCACAUCUUGUUCGAUGCCAUUUGUAGUGUUUGUCGAUCCGUAUACAGUUCCCUGUGACCAGUCGUGAUCACCGUUCCAUCACAUAUCGCCAUGACAUCCGUGCGGACCUAUAAUUACCAGGACAAACAUGUGACAACCAGGUCGCCAUUGUGUGAGUGACAUUGUUCCGGGAACAAGUGAGAACCUUUGAUGUGCAACCCGCAUGCCGCUCAUCAGCAAAUAUAUUUAUUUAAAUAACUUAUUCAAUGAUGGAAUAAAUAAAUUGCAUCAAUCCUGCCCAGUCG